AUGCCUCACCAGGCCACCAAGCUCCAGAUGUCUGCAGCUUUGCUGCAUGUCCGUGGUUGCUUGUCCAUGCAGAGGGGAUUCUCCUCCAAGGAACUGCUCAAGGCAUUCAGAGGCACCGAGCAGUUGGUGCAGAAGGUCCAAGACCACACGGGGCUCCCAAAGGAGGAGCUCGAACGAAUGAAGACGGAGGACUUGCAGGCGGAGUUCGAGAUCCUCGGCCUGGACAUGUCCAGUGCUGUCUCCUUCGAGCAGUUCGUCCAGGCUUUAUUGAAGCUGCAUGGACUCAGGAGGAUACACAAGCGGAAGAGCGGCCACGACUUGCCAAACACUGGCGAGGCUGCGGGGAGCUCCGCAGCUACCGUGGCGGCGCCUCGCCUGGAGAAGGAGCUGCUGGAUUUGAAGGAGAAGGUUGCAUCCCUUGCAGAAUGUUUCGAUCUGCCAAAGCACGAGGGGUGCAAAGAUGGAUCUGAGGUGGAAGUGUUGCAGCAGCAGGUUCGGGCCAUGUCGGAGCGGGUGGACGGCUCGAUGGAGCAGGUCGAGUGGUGCAAAGAGCAGACAGAGCAAGCGGUCGGGAUGGUUGCGCGCCUGGCCGAGACUCUGCAAAAGCAGGCGAUGGAUUCGUACAACAUGGAGCAGGCACUUGUGAAAUCCGAGAGCAAGCUGAUCGGCCUGCAGGCCUCGUCGGUCAGCGUCUUGGAGGGCCGCCUCCGUGCCUUUGUCAAGGCAGAAUUGGAAAGCGCAGUCCUGACGGCUAUGCAGGACACCCGAGUGCUACCACGCCUGCAGGUUCUGGAAAAGGACCACCGGCAGCUUUGUGACGCGGUGGAAGAAGACACGCGAUGGCUCCGGGAUGCUGUGGAGGCUUUGAGCGAGAGUCUGGGCCUCGACCUUGCGACUGCAGCUGACGAUGGUGUGAAGUCGCUGUCGCCAAGCAUGCACGACCGGGAGUCCCAGGCCAUGUCGCCCAGCAGUCCGAAUGACGCGACAAUGGGUGGGCUCACGUCCCCGGAGGGCCGAAAUGCGGCCCUUUUCGCACAGCUGGACGCGGAUGGGGAUGGCGACGUCAGCCUCAAGGAGUUUCACGCGGCCAAGGUUGCGGACGGCCAGCGGAAGGCGCCUGUUUCUUAG